AUGUCCGAACUAUUAAUGAAAGGUUCACCCGCUGGAAGUGUGGGAUAUGCAAAUGGUACGGGUUGGAUGGAUUGUGAACAUUUUCUUAAAUAUUUAGACCAUUUUUCCAAACACGCAAAUGUAAUCCAAGAUAGGAAAGUAUUGUUGAUUAUCGACAAUCACGCAAGUCUUCGGAAUCUUGAAGCUGUUACAAAGGCGCGAAGUUUGAACAUUAUUAUGGUAUCGUUGCCGCCGCAUACAAGUCACCGUAUGCAGCCUCUUGAUUGUGGCGUUUAUGGGCCCCUAAACAGUCAAUAUGCCAGAGAGUGUGACAAAUGGAUCACCAAUCAUCCAGCUAAAAGAAUAUCCGUUUAUGAUAUAAUGGAAAUUUUUGGAAAAGCAUUUUUAAGCAUUGCCAUGCUUGGCAAAGCUGUUAAAGGUUUUGAAGUAACGGAUACACGACAAACCUACUGUGAAGACUCUAGUGAAUCAGAAGACGAUAUCAAUCCAGAAUGUAUCUACUGUGUUAGAAAAUUUAUGAGUUCAAAAUCUUCUGAAGAAUGGAUACAAUGCCAAGAGUGUGGUAGAUGGGUCCACGAAAAGUGCGGGUGCGUCGGAAGAAGAUGA